UUCUUCGUGUGGUAUUCGUGGUAUGCAAUAGUGAUCGGCGCUCUCCGGGCCUCAAGUAGUCUACAUAACAAACUGUUGACAAACAUAAUUCACGCUCCGAUGCACUUCUUCGACACCACACCCAUGGGUCGGGUUAUCAAUAGGUUUAGUAAAGAUAUCGAUAUAUUGGACCUAACCAUGCAAAUGACUAUUAGAGUGUUGGGCAGUACGGCUAUACAGGCAGUGGCUAUAUUGGUGACCAUUUCCAUUCAAACCCCUUUAUUCAUAGCAGUAUUUGUGCCGAGGGUAGACAACAAUCAAAUGUGUUUCUAUCCCAACGCUAUGUCCAACUGUUGGCUGUCUAUAAGACUCGAGUUUUUGGCAAAUUUAAUCAUAUUUUUUGCCGCAUUUUUGGCCGUACUUUCUAAGGAUACUCUAAAUGGCGCACAGAUAGGACUGUCCAUAUCGUAUGCAUUAAAUAUGCCCGGAGUAUUGAAUUGGGGGGUCCGGAUGUUUGCGGAGAUGGAGAACAAUGUGGUGGCCGUCGAGAGAAUUGACGAGUACUCGCAGAUCGAGUCGGAGGCCGAUUGGCAUUCAAAUAGCCCGCCGGCAGAUGAGUGGCCACAAGAGGGUAGAGUAGAGUUCGUUGAAUACGGCACCCGAUAUAGAGAGGGAUUGGAUUUGGUAUUAAAGGGAAUCGAUGUUAACGUAAGAAAGGGAGAGAAAGUGGGAAUAGUUGGCCGAACCGGUGCCGGAAAAUCAUCACUAACUCUGGCGCUAUUCAGACUAAUAGAGUCAGCAUUUGGUAGGAUAGAGAUCGAUGGCAUAGAUAUCAGUAAAAUAGGACUUCAGGAAUUACGUUCAAAGCUAACGAUUAUACCACAAGACCCGGUGUUGUUCGCCGGAACUAUUCGUACAAAUUUGGAUCCGUUUAACAAAUACACGGAUGAGAGGGUGUGGACAGCCUUAGAGCACUCACAUCUACUCGAGUUUGUGAAGAGCACUGACGCCGGCAUUCAUUAUAAAGUUUCCGAAGGCGGCGAGAAUUUAAGUGUGGGUCAGAGGCAACUGAUGUGUUUGGCCAGAGCUCUGCUGCGGAACACAAAUAUCCUGAUCUUAGACGAGGCGACGGCUGCCACUACGAUCCGCAAUGAGUUCACUCGCUGUACAAUCCUUACGAUUGCCCACCGGUUGCACACUAUUAUGGACUCGGAUAGGGUUCUGGUGCUCGACUUCGGACGGGUGGCCGAGUUUGACGCCCCGCAGACUCUCCUACAGAACGACCGCUCGAUCUUUCACUCACUCGCCAAAGACGCCGGACUCGCAUAA